CGGAGGUCAGAGGUGAAAGGUCAGGAUGUGAACGCGCUGUCAGAGCCGGAGGCUGAGCAACUGGGGAAUGGCACACAUGGCGACCACUGAUAGGUUCUGCUUGUGAAAGAGAGAGAGAAAAAUCGGGGAGGCAACGAGCGGCACAGAUCGAAUUUAUGAAGCUGAAAGUGAAGGCUCCUGAAUGUAUAUCUGAAGAUGAGGCGAUUAAAUAAGAAGAGAGCAUUGAAUUUAGUGAAGGAGCUUGAUGCCUUCCCAAAGAUUCCUGAAAGUUAUAUUGAGACUUCCACAAGUGGUGGAACAGUUUCUAUAAUUGCCUUUACCACCAUUGCUCUAUUGUCUGUUAUGGAAUUUUUUGUGUAUUGUGACACAUGGAUGAAGUAUGAUUAUGAAGUAGACAAAGACUUUGCCAGCAAACUGCGAAUCAAUUUAGAUAUUACAGUUUCAAUGAAAUGUCAUUAUAUUGGCGCAGAUGUCCUAGACUUAGCUGAAACAAUGGUGGCAGCUUCAGAAGGGCUAAAAUAUGAACCAACUGUUUUUGAAUUAUCUUCACGUCAAAGAAUGUGGCAAAGAACACUUCAAACAAUUCGUAAAAAGGUGCAAGAAGAACAUUCUCUUCAAGAUCUUUUAUUCAAAAGUGCUUUUAAAGGAUCCCCUACUGUGUUGCCACCCAGGGAAGACAGAUCAUCUCAUCCACUUGAUGCCUGCAGGAUACACGGACACUUGUAUGUCAACAAAGUUGCAGGAAAUUUUCACAUAACUGUGGGCAAGGCGAUUCCUCAUCCUCGAGGUCAUGCACAUAUGGCAGCUCUCAUUAGUCAUGAUGUGUACAAUUUUUCACACCGAAUAGAUCAUUACUCAUUUGGAGAACCAAUUCCAGGACUUAUUAAUCCACUGGAUGGAACAGAAAAAAUUGCCAUAGAUCAUAAUCAGAUGUUUCAAUACUUCAUCACAAUUGUGCCAACAAAACUUAAUACCUACAAGUUCUCAGCAGACACUCAUCAGUAUUCAGUCACAGAAAGGGAACGUGUAAUAAACCAUGCAACAGGCAGCCAUGGUGUUUCAGGUAUUUUUAUAAAAUACGACAUCAGUUCCUUGAUGGUUACUGUGACUGAGCAGCACAUGCCUUUAGGACAAUUCUUAGUGAGGUUAUGUGGAAUUAUUGGAGGAAUAUUCUCAACAACAGGCAUGCUACAUGGAUUUGUGGGGUUUUUUGUUGAUAUUAUCUGUUGUCGCUUCAGACUUGGAGCUUAUAAACCUAAAUCUGUCCCCAUACUCGAUGGUCACAUGAAUAAUCACUCCCUUCCAAUUUUAGAUGAUGUUGAGCACUAACAUCAAGUGGAGAUGUUCAAGAAAUAAAAGCUCUUUGUUGGAUUUUCCCUCAACUUUAAAUGUGCAAUAAAACAUUUUUGAGUUGCACAGCCUUUGUUUAAAUAAAUCAUUAGUUAAAUUCUGGUCUCUUAACUAUUUCAGUACCAGUCAAGACAUUAUCUGUCAAGUCAUAAUAUUACCAUUAUAUGAUGAACUGGCUAUUAAAUAAUCCAGUGUCUUCAUUUAAAAUAUAAGGGGAGAAUAAUCAGUAUUUGUGGUCAUACUUCAAGCAGAUGAGAUGACUGGAAAUCUGGCUCGUGAUUUAUUUACACAAUACAAUUUAAUUUGUGAUGGUAUAAAUCCACCAAAAGGAUUUGUUUUUACAAUUGUAUGUGAACUUGUAAAAUGUGUGUAUGCAGACAGGAUUAUCCCAGAAUCUUUGUUGCAUAAUAGGAAUGAAUGAAUGAAUACAGGGUGUUGUCCUGUGCAGGGUGAUCCUGUCACGAAAUCAUCUGUGUUAAGAAUAAAAUAUUGGAAGACACUCUAAUGCUUGACUGCUUAAAGGCAAUAAUGUUAAUAGUAAGAAUAAACAUUAUUAGGAGCUUGUCGUGCUCCUAAUCUCUCCUCUUGUAAAAUAGUUUUCCUUCGCUUGUAUCGGCAAAAAAUAACUAAGUCUCUGAAUUGAGAGUCUGAAAUUUAAUAUUUCAGAUGUAUUGGUCUAUCACUGACCCCUUCUGGUUAUGGCUGCUAAAAGCAUCUAGUUCUACUCAGCCAGUUGAAUUAGAACAGCUGCCUCUCAAUUAUAGAUUUUUUUUCUAAAUGUUUCUAGUGUUCUUCAUUUUGAAAAAAAGAUGUAAGAGUAGGUUGGUGAUUUAACAAUGCAUGUUUUUCUCUGUCAGGGUUCUUGAUUUUUGUAUGUAUGUGAACCUUGAAGUAGCCAUAAAUCAGAUGCUUAAGCAUUUGCAUUGAUACCAGUGUAGAGUCCGUCCAGUCAAAGUUAGGAAGCAGUGUAUUUAGUUUCCCAAACAGAAUAACAGAUAAUGAUAAACUAAAUAUAGCUGUUCAAACAGGUAUAACUGAGAGACUGGAAAACAUGGAUGAGCCAUUGUAUUCUGCAUAAUAUGAUUAUAAAAUCAGGACUAAACUAAGUGUUCUUUUUUAAUUCAAGUCACAGAUUAACCUGUCUCAAUGGACUAUCAUCGUCAGUUUAUAGCUAUUUACCCUCUUCACAAGGAAACUGGUUGGUAUCAGUCAUUAAUGAUAAUGCAUUUGAGACUCCAUGAUUGUCAUGGAAGCUGAAGCACAGUUUACUGCUGUACCUAAAAAGAAAAGCUGGUUAGCUUUGUAGUUUCUAGUUACACGUACUUUUCAUUCUACUUUGUGAUACCUGUGAUGAAAGAAAUUAAGUUUUGCACAGAUAUAAAGUGACUGUAUUGCAGACUUUAGUAAUAGCUGGUAUUUAAUAAAACUACAAGAUUAA